GGAGGAGUUCUGUCGCGCGUUGUAUGCUGGGGUUUGGUAGUACGUCUUUCGCCAGACUCCGCUAUCAACCGCUUUUACAUCUUUCUCGGCUAAUAACAUGGACGCGGGAUUCUUCCGCGGCACAAGUGCAGAACAGGACAAUCGCUUCAGCAACAAGCAGAAGAAACUUCUAAAGCAACUGAAAUUUGCAGAAUGUCUGGAAAAGAAGGUGGAUAUGACCAAGGUGAACCUGGAGGUCAUCAAACCUUGGAUCACUCAGCGAGUGACGGAGAUCCUGGGGUUCGAGGAUGAUGUCGUCAUAGAAUUCAUUUUUAACCAGCUAGAAGAAAAGCACCCGGACAGUAAGAUGAUGCAGAUCAACCUGACGGGCUUCCUGAAUGGGAAGAAUGCCAGAGAGUUUAUGAGGGACCUGUGGCCUCUGCUGCUCAGUGCCCAGGACAACAUUGCCGGUAUCCCCUCCGCCUUCCUGGAACAGAAGAAAGAGGAGAUCAAACAGAGACAGAUUGAGCAGGAGAAGCUUGCCUCUCUGAAGAAGAUUGAUGAGAAGAAGGAAAACAAAGAUAACAGAGAAAGGGAGAGCCCCAGAAGGAGGAAGUCAAGGUCACAGUCUCCACGGCGACGGUCUCCAGUGAAGCGGGAGAGAAAGCGGAGUCACUCCCGCUCCCCGAGGCGUAAGCCCAGUCCCAGCAGCUCCCCUCCACCAACAGCCCCAGCCGUCACCCUGGUCAGUGUUACAUUGCCCCAGAGCACUGAAGAGCCCCAGCCAGAGCCAGACACCUCUGAGAGCGCCGUACCUGAGCCAGUCAUUCAGGAGGCCUCUUCCACCAGUGAUUUGGUGAAGCCGCACACUGUGGUUGUGGUACCUGACUCUGUGAUGAAGGUCAAAGAACCCUCCCCAGGUAAGGCUUCUAAAAAGGAGGAGAGGCCCAAGCCCAGGGAGAAGGACGGCAGGAGGGACAGGCCCCGUCACCGCUCUCGCUCCCAUUCCCGCAGACGACCUAAAUCGCGCUCCAGAUCUUACUCCCCACGCCGGAGGCCGAGCCCCAGGAGACGGAUGUCCCCUCGUCGUAGGAGCCCCCCCAGACGUGGCCCCCCAGGCCCCAGACACAGGCGCAGUCGCUCCCCUGUCCGCAGGCGGCGCUCUCGCUCCCCAUCAUCUUCUGGGAGCAACUCCUCCACGCCUCGCUCACCUCAGAAGGCCAUGAAGAGAACGUCAACCACACCUCCCAGGAAACAGCCCCGCGGCCACGCAGCUGAUCCCUCCCUCAGCCCCUCCAGGAGAAGAGCCCCCAAUGGUAGCCCCUCUGGGAAGGCCCGACGCUCUGCCUCCCCUCGGGCUAGAAAGGGCCGGUCCUCAGCCUCCCCGUCCAGAUCAGCUGGUUCAAAGAAGAAGCCAGGAUCAAGGAAUGAUUCACUGUCUCCUGUUCCAAAACCCAGGCAUUCUGAGGCAUCGGAAUCAGAGGGCGCUACCGCAGAUCCUGUGCAGCAGCGACGUCAGUAUCGCAGGCAGAAUCGGGAGACGUCUUCAGAUACUGGAUCAUCCUCCUCAUCAGAGGACGAGGGGUCCAAGAGGCCGGGCGGGGGGCCAGCGGCAAGGAACGGGAAUGUCAGGAGGAGGCGCAGUCGCUCCCCCUCCCCCAGGAGACGACACAGGGACUGCUCCCCCCGAAAAAGACGCUCCCUCUCUCCUGGAGGACGUAGAUCUCCCCCACGCCGUCGCAGAUCUCCCUCUCCUCCUCCGAGACGCAGGUCUCCCUCUCCACCUCCUCGCAGACGCUCCCCCUCCCCCAGGCGGUACUCUCCCCCCAUCCAGCGGCGCUACAGCCCUACUCCCCUGGGCCCACAGAAGAGAAGGCUAUCAGGGUCUCCCCCUCCCAAACGCCUUUCCCCGAUGCCCAAGCGCCGUCCCUCCAGGUCCCCGAAGCGCAGGAGUCCCCCUCCCCAAAAGAGACGCACACCUCCCCUCCCCACCUCUCCCCCCCGACACAGGAGGAGCCCCAUGCUCCCAUCCAACCGGCCAGGCCGGGACACUCGCUCCCCCCCUGCUGUUCACAGUAACCGCCUCUCCCCCUCCCCUGCCAACCGUGGUCGGGCCAUGCGUGGGUCCGCUAGUCCUCAGGGGCGCUUUGACUCCUCGGGCACCUCUCCACCUGGCCAGAGGCGCCAGGUGUCCCCCUCACACAGCAACAGGGCAAUCCGCAGGGUGUCCCGGACACCAGAGCCCCGCAAGAACCAGAGAGCCUCUCAGAGCCCCCAGCCUAUGAGGAGAGCGUCAUCAAGGUCCCCGUCUGGUUCUCCUAAACCAGGAGCCUUGAAGCGGCCGGCCCCAGCCUCAGGCUUCCCCUCAUCGGGCUGCUCGGCCAGUGGCUCGCCAUCAGCCCCUCUGGCCAAAAAGGCCAGCAGCGGCUCUGGCAGCCCUUCUCCAAACAAGAAUUCAGACACCGAGGCUGGAGGAAAGAAAAACAAGAAACAUAAGAAGGAGAAGAAACAUAAGAAGGACAAGAAGCACAAGAAACACAAGAAACACAAGAAGGACAAGAGUGGAGUGCCGGUGGCUGCUGGGGAUGGCCAGGAGAACCUGGGGAUGGAAGGGGAUGGAGACUCCGACCUUAAAAAGGAAUCAGACAGUGAAGUAGAAGAGCGUCUGGACGACCUGGAGAAGMACCUGCGAGAGAAGGCACUGCGUUCCAUGAGGAAAGCUGGAAAGCUGUCCCCGCCACUGUCUUGAAGCCCGACCACACCCCUCCCUCCUCCAAAUCUUCCAUACACUUUAUUUUAUUUGUCUUUAACCUGGUUCAGCUUUAGAAUGUACAAAUUGUUUGUUCUUUAGUUUUGUUUUUACAGGUUUGCUCAUCUAUUGACGGAUGUUUUUUAUCAAGCGCUUGAAUUGUCACACGCGAUCUUCCAAUUUAAUUUUUUCCCGUAUCUUUGACCCAAAAUGUGUUAUUACUUAUAUCCAAUGUAGAAGUAUAUUUGUUCGAUCCCUCAAUUUUCAAGAUAGGAUCUUAGAGGGGAAGUCUUUCAUUAUGAAGCUUGCAUUGUACAAGCUUCUACAUCUCUCGUUCUAUAACAUACAAAAUAUUCAACUGUGGUAAUUUAGGAUUGCAUGUGCAGCCAGCGAGUCUCUCCUCUGAUGUGCAUGAAAUGGACUAAACAAAAGCAAAUGCACAGAUUAAAUCUGUCCCUUUUGUCAGCGGGCAUUGUAUGGUGCGGGAAUGCUGUUUGCUCUCUAAAAUGGAUAACAGUUGGAUUUUCCCUUUUUUUGUUAUGUAAUAGAGGUGUUUGACAUUGCAGUAAAUUCUGGCUUUGAAAAAGUCACGUUUUAAAAAGAACUAGACCUUUUUUUCCAUGAUUCUAAUGGUCUCUGACCUCACCAGAGAGCAGGGGUUUGAUUUCCCACAUGGGUUGAUAUGCAGUCAUACUUUGAGUUCAUGCUGGUCCACUCUUUUGCAUUAAGCCGUUCAUUGCUGUGGAAGUGCUAUUUGACUUGUAUUUAAAAACUCCUGCAUUUGUCAUCCUUUCAAAAUUAAAAUAUGUUUUAUAUAAAAACUGA